CUUAUUUUGAACCUCCCUCAUUCUAAUUUUUAUCUUUAGCAAAGUGAGUGGAAUCAAUGUCUUUAGAAUGUAAAGAGUCCCUCCGCUGUUCCAGAAGACAGCAGGCCUGCUGUGUGUGCGAACACUGUCUGCACAUGACAUGCAUUUGGUUCAGAAGGGACGCUGGCAGUGAACUGAUAGGGGAUGAUUGUGUGAUUGUAGCCGAAUGAUCUAUGCAAAGAACAGAAGUGCUUUGAUCUUGAGUGGGGGAGGGGUGGACAGUGCAAGAGGAUGCAGAAAAGUCUAUCUUUCAGUGGAAUAAAGCUAAAUGUGAAAUUUGUGCUGAAAUGGGAAGCAGGAAAAUGCACCGUCGAAAUUUCUUGUUUCUGUUUUCAAAUGGAACAGCUCAAGUGGAAGGUCUGACAGCUACAACCCACGCAAGAUUACCCAUGAAAAAGUGGGGAAAACAGUUGCCCAGAUUGAGACAGACAAAUAAUUACAGGAAUGAUGGGGCUUGCAGCUGCUUAGUCAGUCUCCUAUCCCCUGAUGACCCCCAAAUUGCUUGCUCAGACAAGGAAUACCAAGUUACUAUACCAUUCCACAUGAAUCGUGAGAUUGAGUACCACAAUACUUCUGAAGAGAUGUCACAGUACAAAAGAGCCACAUUUGAAGAAGAUGAUGGUACAGAUGCCAAUGACAGGGCAGCUUCUCCAGAUGCUGUAGAGGUUGGCUUCAGGAAGGGGAGGGCACACAUACUCGGCCCCCUGGGGGCAAGAACUCAGCUGGAGAUGGUCCUAUGUUUGCUGCUGCUUUUAACAGUAAUCACCUUGUUGGGCUGUGUCAUUGCCCUAGGAAUUAAAAUCAGCCAAGAUCCAUCUAGAACCACCUGCCUUACUGAAGCCUGUAUCACUGUAGCUAGUAAAAUUAUUGAGUCCAUGGACCGCACUGUGGACCCCUGUGAAGACUUCUACCAGUAUGCUUGUGGGGGUUGGAUGAAGAAGAAUCCUCUUCCUGAUGGUCGUUCCCGAUGGAAUACGUUCAACAGUCUUUGGGAUCAGAACCAGGCCAUCAUGAAACAUUUGCUAGAAAACUCCACAUUUAAUUCAAGCAGUGAAGCUGAAAGAAAGACCCAGCGAUAUUACCUUUCAUGCCUGAAUGAGCAGAAAAUUGAAGAAUUAGGAGCACAGCCUUUGAUUGAUCUGAUCAACAGGAUAGGAGGCUGGAAUGUAACAGGACCCUGGGACAAGGAUAAUUUUCUGGAAGUACUGAAGACUGUGUCAGGAACAUACCGUGCAUCACCUUUCUUUUCUGUGUAUGUUAGUGUGGAUUCCAAGAGCUCUAACAGCAAUGUUAUCCAGGUAGACCAAUCUGGGCUGUUCCUCCCCUCCAGAGAUUACUACUUGAACAAGACAGCCAAUGAAAAGGUGUUGACUGCAUACUUAGAGUACAUGGUUACUUUGGGCACACUCCUGGGAGGAGAUCACAAUGACACAUACACCUACAUGCAGCAAGUCUUGGAAUUUGAAACAACUUUGGCCAAUAUCACUGUGCCACAGGAAGAACGCAGAGAUGAAGAGAAAAUAUACCAGAAAAUGACUGUCGCUGACUUACAGGUCUUAGCUCCAGCAGUGGACUGGAUGGAUUACCUCUUGUUUGCAUUGUCACCACUGGACCUGAACGAUACUGAACCUGUCGUAGUUUAUGCCAAGGAGUACCUUCAGCAAGUCUCAGAACUGAUAAACACCACAGACAAAAGUAUUCUCAAUAAUUACAUGAUGUGGAAUCUGAUUCAGAAGACUGCUUCCAGCCUUGAUCAGCGAUUUGAAAAUGCCCAGGAAAAAUUGUUAGAGACCAUCUAUGGUACCAAAAAGUCCUGCACUCCUAGAUGGCAGACCUGCAUCUCCAACACAGAUGAUACACUUGGCUUUGCACUGGGUGCCCUUUUUGUGAAAGCUACCUUUGACAAAGAAAGCAAGGCAAUUGCAGAAGAAAUGAUCAAUGAAAUCAGAACAGCGUUCAAGGGAGCACUAGAUGAUCUGGAUUGGAUGGAUGACAAAACACGACAAGCUGCUAAGGAGAAGGCUGAUGCAAUCUAUGACAUGAUUGGUUUUCCAAACUUCAUUUUGGAUAACAAGGAACUAGAUGAUGUGUAUGAUGGGUAUGAAGUGUCAGAGGACUCAUUUUUCCAAAACGUUUUGAACUUCUGCAACUUCUCAGCAAAAGUCAUGGCAGACCAACUCCGAAAACCGCCAAACAAGGACCAAUGGAGCAUGACACCACAGACCAUAAACGCAUACUACCUCUCCACAAAAAAUGAGAUUGUUUUUCCAGCAGGGAUUCUGCAGGCUCCAUUCUAUGCAAGAAAUCACCCAAAGGCUCUGAACUUUGGAGGAAUUGGAGUUGUGAUGGGCCAUGAGCUGACACAUGCCUUUGAUGACCAAGGUAGGGAAUAUGACAAGGAUGGCAACUUGCGACCAUGGUGGCAAAAUUCCUCCGUAGAAGAGUUUAAGAAUCGGACAGAGUGCAUGGUGGAGCAGUAUAACCAGUAUUUUGUGAAUGGGGAACACAUUAAUGGCAAGCAGACACUGGGUGAGAACAUAGCAGACAAUGGAGGCCUCAAGGCAGCAUAUAAUGCAUAUAAGACAUGGCUCAGGAAGAACAGUGAGGAGAAACUGCUGCCAGCUGUCAGUCUAAACAACCACCAGCUUUUCUUUGUGGGGUUCGCUCAGGUAUGGUGUUCUGUUCGCACACCAGAAAGCUCUCAUGAAGGCCUGGUGACAGACCCCCACAGCCCUGCCAAAUACCGUGUCAUUGGAACCCUUGCAAACUCAAAAGACUUUUCUGAGCAUUUCCAGUGCCCACCAGGGUCACCUAUGAAUCCUGGAAAAAAGUGUGAAGUUUGGUAAAUGAAAAUAGCUCAGCAGUCUGUUGUGGAUUCUGGAGAAGUAGAAUGCAGGACUUUAAAGAAGAAGGAAUACAGCUAUAUGUUUGCAGCUUUAUUGAGGAAAUGUAAAGAAAGUGAAAGACAGCCUGGACAUAUCCAAAGUCCCAGACUUUGAGGACAAAUUUGCUGUUUUUUGGAACUGUAUUUUCAAACAGUUUACACCAGUCAUUCAUGUAUCUCCAACCACCUUAGACAUUCCCUUGUAGCCAGCAAGAUCUGGGGCAUUUUUGAUCUUUCUUAAAUUUCUAUGCUUGACACUGUGAUAUCACAAUAACCUCUCUCAGAUGCUAAAAAUUUUGGGAGCCAGGUAUAAUGUAUUCGACCAUGACAAGGACAGACAUAAAUGAUAAAACUUAACCUCUUUUUGAUAGAAACUGUGGGACUGGUGUGCCCCCCUACUUUGCUAUAAGUGGCUGGCAAUAUGCCUUAGUGAAUGACAAGUCUUUCAGUCACCACUGUAUCCUAUCCUUUUUUGAUGUGCCAUUCUUUAGGCAGUUAUUGCACAGAAAAGUCAAACACUCACCUCUUAUAUGUAUUCCCCCAUUGGAAUGUAACUCCUAUUUAAACACCAAAGCCCUUACCCUGUGCUUAGACUUUGUGAGAAAGUGCAAUUUGAAAAUGCUACUGGCUUAAUUAUAUGAACUUUUAAAGUGCAACCCUUAUUAAAGGAGUGCAGAUUUUUACAGGGCCUUUAUUCCAUCUUUUAAAGGGACAUGCACUGCUUAGUAACUGCAGACUUGCUCACCGCAUUUUGUCUCAUUUCAGCAAAGCUAACGCUGCAGCAGUGACAAAUAUGAUCCCCUGCAAGUAUUUUUUUCUGUGCUGUUGUGUGUGUAUGCAUAUAUGUUCUUUAACUUCAUAUCUAUGUAACCUCAGGUAACCUUUAGAUCUGUGUGGGGUAUAUGGCCUGUCUUAAUGUUCUACCCAGUAUCCCUGGACUGUGGCAACAUCAAGCCAGUAAACAUAAAACAAACAAACAAACAAACAAAAAAAAAACAUGAGCCAGGGAAACCGACAAAAUGUUAGUUUGGUCAUUGAGAGUAUAUGUGGUGCUUAAUUUUACCUAAAGCAAAUUUUUAACCUACAUCAACAGAAAAAGAUUUGAAAGAAGUGUUGUAAUUACUUAUAUCUGAAGUUUGCAGUGCUUUAAACAGAUGCUUGCAUCAUUAGAUCAGCAAAACCAUUUUACCUAUUAUUUGUUAUGGUCGCCAAAAUAUUUGGUCUUCAUGGAAGCUUGAUUCCAGGAUAUUAUUGACACCAGGAUUUCACUUUUCCUUCAAUAAAAAAUAGUAUUUUUCCUCACCAAUGGGUCAACACAUGAUCCGGAAAUUCAACACCAUUGUUUCUCUUUAUACAAGAUUGCACCAAAAACAUUAGGUAUUGUAACAUGGGUAAUGGUCGCUUUGCUUGUUUGUGUAGAACUUGUACUGUCUCACUAAAGAAACCAGCUCAGCCUUCUUCUAUUAUAAUGGGUUUGAGUGUGUAUUAAGCUGCUAUAAGGCUCAAAAUAGCCAUGAAUCCAGUCUCCUUUGGUCAUUAAAUCUGGGAGUUUGUGGUCAUUUCCCAAACAUCUGCUGCUGUCGGUGUACAGUAGCUACCACCGCCAGUGCUUUAAUAGUGAGAUGCACUGACAAUGGAACAGAACCUGAUUUUUAACAUUCUCUGAAAGCCAAACUUUGUGUACUAUAAAUGUAUUGGUGAGUUCAUAAAGAUUAAUUAACUGUUCAUUUUCUAAUAAAACAGAAUGAGAUAAUA